CAUCCUCAAACCUACUUUUAAUGCAGUCGUAUGGCAAACUAAAAGAAGACCAGCCCCGUCACAACCAAAUAAUCCAAUGCGUUUCUCCAUCCUCGCCGCCGCGGGACUCCUCGUCGCCGGCGCCACCGCGGCUCCCACUCCCGAGCCGGCCGCUCUCAACUGGGACGACGUCGUCAUCGUCAUGGACGACGGCAGCACCAAGGUGAUGAAGGCCGACAAGUGGGCCGAGAUCGAACGCCGCGCACCGCUGCCCCCCAUCCCCGAAGGCUUCAGCACCACCCCUGUGCGCAAAGCCCCCGAGAACAACAUCACCCGCCGCGACUGUAAGUGGUCGGCCGAGGCCCAGAUCCUCACCGACGAGGAGUUCCUGGGCGCGGACGUUGCCGUCUCGCCCGUCGUCAGCUCGUUCGGCGCCAUUUCCGACGUCUCGGUCGCCAGCGGUUACUCAAUUUCAAACACCGUCACCGUCACGUCCGGCGCGGAAGCCUUCCUUAUCGAGAAGGUCCUCUCUGUGACCCUUUCGGUCAGCUACGCCUACAGUUGGACUACGACCGAGACCCAGACCCUCCGUUUCACCAUGUCGGCGAACAACUACGGCCUCGUCGUCUCCCAGCCCAACGUCCGCCGCGUCACCGGCAACAUGCUCUCUGGCUGCGCAGACAAGCCCACCGUCACACCCUUUGUCUCCGACACCUACACGGACCAGUCCUACGGCCACCUCAACUGGGUCAAGGGAGUCAUCCGCCUCUGCAACAGCACCGUAUACCCAGUCCCCUUCUGCUCCGGCGAGGGUACGCACUCCUGAGCGGCUCCCCUCCGCUACCCUUGGUGCGCCACGCACCCCGGAGGUCGAGGUCCGCGACCGCUCUGAUUAAUCUUGCGCACGACCCCCCCCACGUCUGGCACGCAAAGGGUUCUCUAGAGGCCAAGCCUGAAACUGUGUUAACGCAGCGCGAUAUCAUGUCAUCACCUUCCUGCACAGCAUGUUUUACUAUACCACUUUAGCGGAAACGUCUUACGAGUUCUGUUUACGGUCUAUUUUCUUUUACACCUACUAUAUCCAUUUUGGAGCAGCAAGCCGUUGCAGGCGGCUUGGACGACGGUUUUUGACGGCCAUGUGUUUUAGCGAUUUAGCGAUAACGAUACCAGUCUGCCAUGGGCCCAUGUUGGGGCCAGAAAGGGUCUAUCUCCCUUUAUUAAAC